AUCUGCCUUCUUCAUGUAUUUGGAUUUGGUUUUAAGUUUCAACCAUAUAUUUCUUGAGAUGCAUUACUUUCUAUGAUCAACAUGUCUAAUAAGUAAAUUAUAUAAGAUUUGAUUUUUUUCUUGUUUAUCUUUAUCAUUGCUUUGUGUCAGAAAAUCUAAUAGAAAUAUGAAAUGGAUUUCAUUACAUAAACAGAGAGAGCUCCGUACGUGAUCUGGCCCUCCUUCUUUUCCACACCUCUGUCUCUUCAGCUAAUUUGUUUUUUUUUUCUUUGCCUGAGAGAUAGUUUAUUUAUUAUUUGUUUGUUUUUUUUUUGCUAAAAUACCUAUAUGUUGGUCUAGUGCUUUGAAUCUUUUAGUGAGGCAAGUGAUGAAGUUAAAGAUACAGUUAUUUUUUUCAUGAAAAUGUAUAAAAGUAAGGAGAAGAUCAAAACUUUUUGUAUUGUUCGCAUUCAUGCAAAAGAGAUUAAACCAGACUCACUUUUCUCUUUUUCAGUUUUGUUUUUUUUUUUUUUUUGCUAAAAUCUUUUUCAGUUUUGUUGUAUCAUCUUUUUCUUUUGUUUAUAAUAUCUAAUACUUUUAUUGUUGAUUUCUCCUUUUUGGCUCUCUUUAGGAACAUAAAUUGAGAAGCUGACGAGUGAAAGGUACAGUGUUCUUUCACAGGAAAGAAGAGAAACAAGCAUUUUCUUCUUCUUCAAUCCUAACACACAUUUUGGAAAAUUUUGAUGUAAGAGUUCUGUUUGCAACGGUUUGUUCUCUGAGAUCUUCCCAGAGGUUCUAUCAGAAGAAGAAGGAUAAAGUUUCAUUACAGACCUAAUGGACAACGACAACACUUUUAGUUCUCUCGUUAGUGUCAUGACUAACCAAAAUAAUCUUCUCAUGGAUUUGAUACCUUCAAGAGAAGAUUCCACUUCAUUUUCAACAAUGCUUCCAUGGAAUUCCAUGAGAUUAGAUCCUCUACAAAUGGGUGGAUUUGAUAUCUUCAGUUCUUUUCUCACUAAUAAGUACUUAUCAUCUACUUCAAGCUCUAUCAAUGUUCAAGAAAACUUUGAGGUUAUGGCUCCUCCUCCUCUUCCUCUUCCUCCAUUUCAUCAUUUGGAUCAUUUAAGACCAUAUGAUGAUUCCUCAAACAACAUGUGGAGUCUUGGAGAAAAUAGUGGGUUUCAUGCAUAUUCUUAUGUAGAAGGUGUUGUUGGUCCUAGUGAACCAAUAGCAUCUACAUUUGCUGAAGAAGAUGUUUCUGAUGAGUGCUCAGAGAUUAGUCCUUAUGCUGCUACUAAAAUGACCUCAGAGCAAGCUUUGACCUCAGAGCAAGCUUCUUCCAGCAGCAAAGACAUUUAUAAUAACGUCUCUCAUGUUAUAUUUGGCUCAAAGUAUCUUCACUCUGUUCAAGAAAUACUAUCUCAAUUCGCUACAUACUCCCUCCACGGCUUAGAGAAUAAUCCUCAAUGCUAUUUUUCAUCUCAAGAAACUGAGUCAAGGGCUGCUGGUUCAGCUUUUACUUCACGUUUAGAGAAUCAAACGGAGUUUGUUGAAGGAGGUUUUGAUCAAAGACGAGCAUUAGAAGCAAAGAAAACCCAGCUCUUGGAUCUUCUUCAAAUGGUGGAUGAUAAAUAUAGUCAUUGCGUUGACGAGAUUCAUACGGUUGUAUCAGCCUUCCAUGCAGCAACCGAGUUAGACCCGCAGCUACACACCCGGUUUGCACUCCAAACCAUCUCGUUCCUAUACAAAAACCUGAGGGAGAGAAUCAGCAAAAAGAUACUUAUGAUGGGAUCAGUUUUAGAGAGAGGCAAAGAGAAGUCUCAAGAAAAUUCAAUCAUCCACCAGCACUGCCUUCUUCAGCAGAUGAAGCAUAAGAACCAUCAGAUUUGGAGACCGCAACGAGGCUUACCAGAGAAAUCAGUCUCGGUUCUAAGGACUUGGAUGUUCCAAAACUUUCUCCACCCUUACCCAACGGAUUCAGAGAAACAUCUUCUUGCUAUACGAAGUGGAUUGACAAGAAGUCAGGUAUCAAACUGGUUUAUAAAUGCGCGGGUUAGGCUAUGGAAGCCCAUGAUAGAAGAUAUGUACGCAGAAAUGAACAAGAGGAAGCUGAAUAACACUCACCUUCAAGGCAGUGGAGGAAGUCGUAGGAUACCAAAGUCCAUAAUGAUGACCCAAGAAAGGAACAAAUAAGAGAAUGAUUAUGUGGUAACUUGUAACGCAAUCGCUACAAUGUUUGUCAGACAAAACUACGUACUAUGAUGGUUUCAUGUUAUAAUAGUAUAUACCACUUCUCUUUUAUCUCAACUA